GGCAAUCUCCCUACUCAUCUCUGUCUUGGGUAAGUGAAUUGUGGGUAAAUUUAUCGUGCGUCGUGUUGCUUGCUGCUAAGAAAAAUUGAAGUUUUUCGUAAGUUUUUUACGAUGACGAAUAUCGAAUAAACAUACUUCGGUUAAUUCAAGUACAAGAUUAGCUCAUUUUAUUGUACUUUGAAUCUUUCGGUCUGGUCAUAUAAGGUUACUUGUGCUUCAAAACUGCUCAGGGGUGUUAGAAGAAACAGCAAUGAUUGACGUUACAGUGAAAACUUUGGAUUCACAGAACCACAGCUUUACAUUGAAUGACGACAUUACUGUACGAGGUUUUAAAGAACAUAUUGCAGAAUCAGUUUCAGUACCUGCAGAUUCCCAAAGGCUAAUCUACUGUGGCCGAGUGCUUCAAGAUGAUAAGAAGCUAAACGACUAUGAUGUCAAUGGUAAGGUUAUCCACUUGGUGCAAAGGGCUCCUCCGCAAGCAGGACAACGUAGCGGUAAUAAUGGAGGACAAGAUGCUGGGUGGCAUUCGAGAUCACAGUAUCGCCACACUCGAACGCAGGUUCAUGGAAACACUAUGUACCUUGGCGCUAUGUCUUUCGCUCCAGACUCUGUAGAAGGAGUGCCAGUGUCUCAACUAAGUAGCACUCUGUCCAGCACUCGUCUAGUCGUAGCAAAGCGAAUGCUCACGCAAGCAAGACAGUUGAUCGAUCGACUUGAUGAUCCUAACAGUGCUCCCCCAAAUCAGGAUACUGAAAGUAGUCAGCAAGAAGAACAGGUCCUCCCGGAACAAGACGAAGAAGCAGAAGAAAAUCAGGGAAGCAAUGUCCUUGUUGGAGGAACUAGACUCUCUCAGACAGCACAGGCAGCACUUGCUGCUACUCUCUCUGCAGCUGGGCUGAACAAUGUCACUUUGAUGAGUGGUCCGAGUGAUGAAAACAAUGGGACAGCAGAUAGCACUAGUGCAAGCACGACGCCUAUUGGUCAGAGCAAUGCACAACAACAGCAAAAUUCAACAACAAAUGUUGAUGAUCAAAACGAUGUUCGCGGUGAAACACAAGUACCACGUCCUCCGCAAAUGGCGCAAUUAUUGGAGAGCCUCUUAACAGUUCAAGAACGUCUAAGACCGUACAUUGAACGGUACCGUGUCUUGAUGCUGGCUGAUCCUUCAUUAUCACCAGGUCCUGGACCAGAAGGUGUUGAGGAGAAUCAAAGGAUCAUAGAUGGCGUUAGUGAAUCGUUGCAUUUUUUGUCUCACGCUUGUCAUGCCCUGAGCGAAAUAAUCGUCAACAUGGGACAACAGCCACCACGAAAUUUGCGCUGUCGACCUAUAAUUAUUCAACAUUCUACUUUCGUGCAAGCUGGUAUACCCAUUCAAGUUGAGGCUCAUAUCAGUUUACAUGGGCGGAACGCAAAUAAUAAUAAUCCAAAUGGCGAAGCUAAUGACUCUGGGGCCAAUGAGUCCACACAGGAAUCAGCAGAUUCCCAGGAAUCUGCCAAUACCAAUAAUACUAGUUCUGGUCCACCGCAACAGGACCAAAGCGACCAAAAUGAACAACGAUAUCAAACAUUAAAUCCAUUUGGAUCAGCGUUCAAUUUGCCAAAUAACGUUGAGGUGCUUAUGGAAGUAAGUCCAGAGGGUGGCAUGGAUACUGGGCUCACCGAACAAAAUCAAAAUAAUACGAACAAUAAUAACAAUGCUGCAGGGGGUAUCAACAACGGCGGUGCCAAUGGAAUAUUUCCUUGGGGUGCAGCACCACCUCCUGACUUUAUUCGCAACCUGAUGCAGGUUGUUGCUGGGCAUAUGGUGCAAAGUGGAAUGACACCUACAGCGACAACAACAUUGAAUACUACUACGGCAACAACGCAACAACCAUCCACGUUAACUGGAGAUAAUGGCAAUACGAAUUCGAGUCAAAAUACUCAAGCCAGAGGAAAUGUGGGUACUCAUCCAACAACCGCUACUCAGACUCGCAGUACGUCAAGGCCUCAUGUCUUCUAUCCUCACGUUCAUCCCUUAGGAUUUGGAACUGGUAUUGGACAUGAGCGAGAAUUUGAUCCGUUUUUGCCGUGCUAUUCUCAUCAUGUGCGCAGAAAUCCCGCAGGAAAUGCACAACAUGCUCAAACCAAUCAAGAAUCGGCUCAGAAUAGAGAAAAUCAGACACAGUCCACUGCGCCAUCCUCAACCGCUGGCACUAAUCAGGCUGGUCCUACUUCGGCAUCCAAUCCUCAGACUACUAUUCCUAAUCAGUUUAUGAAUCAUUUACGUCAACUACUAAGCGAUUCUGGUGCUCAGGCUGCUCAAGCUGCUCCGAAUACUGGUUCCCCAGGUGCGACUCUCGGACAAAGCCUUGGUAAUCUAAUCCAAAUGUUUGCUGGCGGUGGUGUUCACGUUGGCCUUAUAGAUGACGGAGGGAAUCAUGCACCUGAAGUUAAUCUAGCCAAUUUAUUCGAUGGUAGUUCAAGUGUUAGACUGGACAUUGGUGUUGGUCAAGUACCUAGGGAACAGGACAGUUUUCUGGUUGAUUUAACUUUAUUACUUUCGCAAAAUAUGACACUGGAGAUGUUAACGAGCUUUGGCAUGGGAGACUGGAGUCCCAUAAUUGAACUGAGACGUCCUCUGCGUGAAUUUUUCCAACAUUCCUUCCCCUCCGCCACGUCUCCAGCUGAAAUACAGGAACAGGCAACAGAACGUCUUUUGUCUGAACUGAGGCCGCAUCUUAGAAAUCAUCUGGUAGCUGAAGAUGACACUAAUAAUCGAAGCGUAUCCAGAAUAGAUGUUGUCGCUACGGUUGAGGCUCUGAUGCGGCGUCAUAUUCAGAAUGAAUUGACACUCCUAUUUGACGACAGUAUUGAUGAUGCUGAGUUUAGCCAGAGUAUAUUGAAUAUUAUAAAUAACUUAGGAACACAAUUGUGUACUGUACUGCGAUAUUGUCUAAGGGGUGGACAGGCAGGCUUGGAAGCGAUAGUCAUGCGUCUUGUGACGGAUAUUAUGGAAGGAAAUCCAUCAACUCUUCGUCAAUUGAUUCUCAAUGGUUUCAUCACUCGCUUCCGUACCUUUUCAUUACGAGUACCACAACCGCCCGAAAGCGAAAUAUUAAGUCUACUUGUCUAUACUGAUGUUCCCAAUCCGCCAUCUUCUGGAUCAACUGCAGUUCAGCAACAGUCACAGCCUCAACCCAAACCAGAGCCUAUGGAAACCGAAGCAGCAGAAGAGAGGGUCAGUAACAACGAUACUUCAGCCGAGGAAACAGAACCUAAUCCGGGAACAUUCCCAGGACACGAAAACCUACCGUCUGGUCCUCCCCAGCCUGGCCAACCAUUUAAAUUUUCCGUGGGAGAAUCGUGCGACAGGAUCAAGGAAGAGUUCAAUUUCCUUCAGGCACAGUAUCACAACCUGAAGCUCGAGUGCGAGAAACUGGCCACUGAGAAGAUCGAGAUACAACGCCACUACGUCAUGUAUUACGAGAUGUCCUACGGGCUCAAUGUGGAAAUGCACAAACAAACGGAAAUCUCGAAGAGACUGAAUGCCAUUAUCGGCCAAAUCCUCCCGUUUCUCUCGCAGGAGCAUCAGCAGCAAGUGGCGACAGCCGUUGAGAGAGCGAAGCAGGUCACCAUGACGGAGUUGAAUUCCAUUGUCGGGCAACAAAGGCCGGACAUUCCGCGGCUCCUUCAGCAGAUGCACGCUCAGCAAUUACCACCGGGUGCUGCGAUGGGUCCUCAUCCUGGUCUGCCGGGAUUACCAGGACUUGGUCCUGCCGGCGGACUUCCUGUACCAACCUCAGCAUCCGCCCUCCUAGGACUCGGCUUGACUCCCGGUGCGGCGUCUACUCCGGCAACCGCCGCCGCGGCUCAUUCCUUAUCAAUGCUGGGAAAGCCUGAGCUUCAUCGCAGUCAACCGGACGACCUUAAAAGUAAUGGAGGAUUGAGUUCUACCGAGGAGAGACACAGAUGCUCGAUAUCACCUGGCGAUAAGUACAGCAGACCCAGGACGCCACAGGAACAGCAUCAUUCCCAUCACUCUCAAAAUCAUCACGACCAACCACUACAUAUUAAGAAGAUGAAGAAGGAGCAGGAUAAAGAUAUAGGACACCAAAGCGACGGUGAGAAAAGUGAUCAGGAUCUGGUGGUCGAUGACGCCAGCGAGGGUCCCACGAGUCCUGCGGUGAAUGGCACAACGUCACCACGUGAAAAUGGCCUUGACAAGGUCGGAGUCUCCUCCGUGACUUCGAGUCAAACGAAGAAAGACGUUCCUCCGCACUCCCCGCGAAGCGGUACCAGCAGCAACGCCAGCACGCCAUCCGCGAAGAAGAUGGACGAGCGCGAGAAGCCAACGACGCCGAUCUCGAAGCCUAUGACGCCUACGUCGGCCUCCGGUGGCGCACUGAAGGCGUCUGGGUCGGGCAAACUCGUUCAGGGACCUCCACCGGGAGUCGGUGGUGCAUAUCCACCGCACUAUCCUCCAGGACCGCCAUCGCAUCAUCUGCCACCCAGUGGACAGCAUCCUCACGUCGAUAUGAUGGGAUACAAUGGAUAUGCCGCGCCCAGGGCACCUUCUCUUCAGCAGCUUUAUGAUCCUCAUGCGGCUAUGAGGGCACCUAUCGGGGCUGUGGGAGUUCCGGGAGGCAAACCGGCGUACAGUUUUCAUGUCUCUAGCGAAGGUCAAAUGCAGCCCGUACCAUUCCCCCCGGAUGCCCUGAUGGGUCACGGAAUACCCAGGCAUGCCAGGCAGAUCAACACCCUCACCCACGGAGAAGUUGUCUGUGCGGUGACCAUCUCGAAUCCGACCAAGUAUGUCUACACCGGUGGCAAAGGCUGCGUCAAGGUCUGGGACAUUGGUCAGGGCGGCAGCGGUAGUGCCAAGCCUGUGUCUCAGCUGGACUGCCUCCAAAGGGAUAAUUACAUCAGAUCAGUGAAGCUACUGCCUGACGGAAGGACGCUUAUAGUUGGUGGCGAAGCGAGUCAACUGAGCAUCUGGGACUUGGCGAGUCCGACGCCGCGAAUCAAAGCGGAAUUGACCUCCUCCGCGCCAGCGUGCUAUGCCUUGGCCAUUUCCCCGGACUCGAAGGUCUGCUUCAGCUGCUGCAGCGACGGAAACAUCGCCGUGUGGGACCUGCAGAACCAGACGCUGGUGAGACAGUUCCAAGGACACACGGACGGCGCCUCCUGCAUCGACAUCUCUGCCGACGGCUCGAAACUCUGGACCGGCGGUCUGGACAACACGGUGCGUUCCUGGGACCUGCGGGAGGGUCGGCAGCUCCAGCAGCACGACUUCACCUCCCAGAUAUUCUCGCUGGGCUAUUGUCCGACUGGCGAGUGGCUGGCAGUCGGUAUGGAGAACUCGAACGUGGAGGUCCUCCACGCGACGAAGCCCGACAAGUACCAACUCCACCUCCACGAGUCCUGCGUCCUCUCGCUCCGCUUCGCAGCCUGCGGCAAGUGGUUCGUUUCCACGGGCAAGGACAACCUGCUGAACGCCUGGCGAACACCUUACGGAGCCUCGAUAUUCCAGUCCAAGGAAUCCUCCUCCGUUCUAAGCUGUGACAUAUCCGCGGAUGACAAGUACAUCGUGACCGGAUCUGGUGAUAAGAAGGCGACAGUCUACGAGGUCAUAUACUAAGAGAGGUUAUGUUACGUUCAGAAUUCAUUGCUCGAAUUUCUUCUAGAAGAUCUCAAAAGUUGCAACUGCUUUGUACAUAGUGAAUAUUAUAAAUUUAUCUUGCGGUUGCUAUUGACGGGGCGACCGGUCACAGGGUUGCAAAUUAGGGAGUUGCGAUAUUACAGACCCCCUUAAGUGGUACAAUUGCCAUGACACAUGAAACUUUACUGAUCCAUUUAGCCAAUAAAGAGAGACCGGUUAACUGCGGCUGAAUCACCUUACACGCUAAUCCACUUGGCAUUCCGAAAUUUUGCGUUGCCUCGUCCAAUAAUUUUAUACGAUUCAGCUCGCGUUACAUAUUAAUAAUAAUAAUAAUAAUAAUAAUAUGUACAUUCUGUAUAUAAACAAUGUUAUACAUAUUACUCUCAUAUUUUUCUACCCAAAAGCGAGAGAAAAAAAAACCAACUCGUAUUGUAAAUAUCACUUUAUCCGUGUUCGUUGGAAAUAAACGACAAAGGAAUGGAAAAAUAAA